AUGGGGAAUUACACCAAGGCGAUAAAUGACUUGCACAAGAAACUAAUGCAACUAAUAUUCGAGAGCUUAGGUCUAAAAUCGAACUACAUACAGAAAGAAAUCGAACGAGGCUCACAAGUCACGGCGGUGAAUUAUUACCCUUCUUGCCCCGAACCGAGCCUAGCAUUAGGCCUGCCACCACACACAGACUACGGAUUGUUAACCAUUCUACUACAAAAUCAAGAAGGCCUACAAAUAAAGGACAAAACCGGAAAUUGGCAUUCAGUACCUGUGAUCAACGAAGGAUUGGUGGUUCAAUUGGGAGAUCAUAUGGAAGUACUGAGCAACGGCCGAUACAGAGGGGUUGUGCAUCGAGCGGUUCUGAACUCGGAGAAGAAUCGGAUUUCGAUUGCUAAUAUCCAGAGCCUUUCGAUGGAUGAGAAAGUGGGGCCCGCUUUGGAGCUGGUGGACGAGGAAUAUCCGGUGCUGUACGAAGAAGCGAGCUUUGCGGAUUUUCUGAAGUUCGUUUCGGAGAAUGAUAUACUUGAACGGAGAUACAUUGACACACUCAGAAAGGGGAAAAUCCGCUAG